AUGGUCUCAUCCAGCGUCCUUGGUUUCCCCAGAAUCGGCGCGAACCGUGAAAUCAAGAAGGCCGUUGAAGCGUACUGGGCAGGCAAAAUCUCGCAAGAUGAACUCACCAAGGCUGCGGCUGAUGUUAAGAAGACCAGCUGGACGAGCCUGAAAGAGCGGGGAGUUGACCUCAUCCCCAGCGGUGAAUUCUCUCUCUAUGAUCACGUCCUCGACCACUCUGCUGCCUUCAACGUUAUUCCCAAGCGCUAUGUUGGUCUCGGGCUCUCUCCGAUUGAUGUUUACUUCGCUAUGGGUCGUGGUCGCCAGGCUGAGGGUGUUGAUGUCCCUGCUUGCGAGAUGAAGAAGUGGUUCGAUUCUAACUACCACUUUGUCGUGCCCGAAGUGUCGGAGGAGACCGAUUUCAAGCUCAACUUCAACAAGGCCCUCGAAGAAUUCCAAGAGGCCAAGGCUGCUGGAGUCACCACGCGGCCUGUCAUUCUUGGCCCCAUUUCUUUCCUUGUUCUUAGCAAGGCCGCGAAGGGCGCUGCAGCUGGCUUCCAACCCAUCUCUGUUCUGCCCAAACUCUUGCCUGUCUACGAAACCCUCCUCACUGACUUGAAGGCCGCUGGUGUCGAGUCUGUCCAGAUCGACGAGCCCAUUCUUGUUCUUGAUAGCGCUGCCGCUCUCGAGAAGCAAUAUACAUCUGUCUACGAGAAGCUCGCUCCCAUCGCCCCCAAAAUCGUUCUCGCCACUUAUUUCUCUCGCCUCGAUUCCAACGUUUCGUUCAUCGCCAAGCUGCCCAUUGCUGGUCUUCAUAUCGAUCUCGACCGUGCGCCUGGCCAGCUUGAGGAUGUAAUUGCCGCCAUUAAAUCCACGAGCAUCAUCCUUUCUCUAGGUGUUGUGUCUGGUCGUAACAUCUGGAAGACCGACUUUGCCGCUGCCAUCAAGAGUGGCCAAACCGCGGUCGAUGCUCUUGGUGCUGAGCGAGUUAUCAUCGCGACUUCAUCCUCUCUCCUCCACACACCCGUCACGCUCGCUUCGGAGAAGAAGCUGACUGCCGAGCAAAAGGACUGGUUCUCGUUUGCCCUUGAGAAGGCAUCUGAAGUAUCUGUCAUCGCUUCAGCGCUCUCUGGCUCCCAAGAUGCGGCUGUCGCCACUGCUCUUGAGGCGAACAAAACCUCUAUCGCCAAGCGUCGUGAAUUCGAAAGCACCUCGGAUGACACUGUCCGCAAGCGCGUUGCUGCCAUCACCCCUGAGAUGCUCGACCGCCAGAGCCCCUUCGCUGUUCGCAAAGAAGUCCAAGCCAAACAUCUCAACCUGCCCAAGUUCCCAACCACCACCAUCGGCUCUUUCCCUCAAACCAAGGAGAUCCGUCAAGCCCGUGCCAAGCUUGGCAAAGGCGAACUCACAGUCGAGGAGUACGACGAGUUCAUCAAGAAAGAGAUUGAGACUGUUGUGCGAUUCCAGGAACGCAUUGGUCUCGACCUUUUGGUCCACGGUGAACCUGAACGCAAUGACAUGGUUCAAUACUUCGGUGAACAGCUUUCCGGAUUUGUCUUCACCCAAAACGCUUGGGUUCAGAGCUAUGGCUCGCGUUACGUCCGCCCACCGAUUAUUGUGUCGGACGUUAGCCGUCCUGGACCCAUGACAGUUCGCUGGAGCAGUUAUGCCCAGAGCAUCACCAAGAAGCCGAUGAAGGGAAUGUUGACGGGCCCAGUUACCAUUCUCAACUGGUCCUUCCCCCGUGCCGACGUUUCUCGUGAGCUGCAAUCCAAGCAACUUGCUCUUGCUCUCCGUGACGAAGUUGUCGACCUUGAGAAGGCUGGCAUCAACGCUAUUCAAGUUGAUGAGCCCGCUAUUCGUGAAGGUCUCCCUCUCCGUCGCUCAGACUGGGAUGCCUACCUGAAAUGGGCCGUCGACUCGUUCAAGCUAUCGACCGCUGGUGUCACUGACCAACUCCAGACCCACUCUCACUUCUGCUAUUCCGACUUUGACGACAUUUUCCCUUCGAUCCAACGUCUCGAUGCGGAUGUCAUUUCCAUCGAAGCGUCGAAGAGCGACAUGAAGUUGCUCAACACCUUCAAGCACUACGGCUACUCCAACCAGAUUGGCCCCGGUGUCUAUGAUAUCCACUCCCCACGUGUUCCCGGAGACCAGGAAAUCAAGGAUCGUCUCAAGGCCAUGCUUGACAUUCUCCCUGACUCUCUUCUCUUCGUCAAUCCUGACUGUGGCUUGAAGACUCGUGGAUGGAAGGAGACUGAGGCCUCGCUCGUUAAUCUCGUUGCUGGUGCUACCUGGGCCCGGCAGACGUACGUUUGA